UUCACAAUGAAUCUUCCUGAGUCUUUGGAGACUACAACGUCUGUUGACCUCAGAAGAAAGCUUCUCUUUUCUGUGAGUCAAAACUUGAUCUCAAGCCGGAGUUGUGGACUCGUCCCGCCACACCAAGUUCCCCUUGAUCCAUGGAACAUGAAAGCUCCUGACUUCACCCCGAAACUCUACAGAUCUGUGGGCUUGCCACGGAUCAAGUGCAAAAACAUUAACCUGGUUAAAUCAAAUGAUAGUGUGGAACAAAAAUCUUUUGUUUUGGAAAAGAUUAAGGAUGGUACUUCGAUAUUAUCUCAACACAAACAACAAUCAUUUAUCACAUUCUACAAACCACCAGACUCACUAGAGACAAAACUGCUGUUUGUGAGAGCAGGGACGAAUCCUGUCGGGCCUUACAAAGAUCCAAAACCUCACAACUUCAGACCUUGUGCUGAGGGAAUGCCAGACAUGGUGACUUCUAUAGAAAAGGAUCCAGACUGCUCGUUCUUAAAGUCUCAAUGCCUAAAAGCAGUCACUGACAGCCAUCCUGACCUGAACCCUUCUCACAGAGACAAAAUGGACACUUUCAAACCGGCAGAGCUUAAAUGGGACCCAAGGCUCAUACUACCAAAGAUGCCAUGGCCUCCAAAAUCUGCAUCUUAUACAAGAUAUCGACGCAGAAGAGGUGUGUAUAGUGCCUUAAUGGACCGAAUUGAGGAAAAGUUGACCAACUCCUGGAGGAAAUGAAUCUGUUUCAAGAUAAAAGAAAGGAGGUUGCUGUUUUGUCUGUUUAUUCACUCAUGUUAUUGAUGUUUAUUACACACUCUCUGUUUCUUUUCUUUUUUUGAUAAACUGUACAAACAAGCAAACAGCCAAAGAUGUUUUUUAUAUUGCACAAACUAAAUAAAUGUAAGCACUGCAUUAAUAUAAAUAAAGAUAAA